AUGCUGACCUUCCUCUAUAGCAGAUGCGUCCGACGGCGCUCAGCUGCCACGACGUUGGAACGACAGCAAUUGUACGAGGAACGUUUGCAGUUGCUUUGCAAUGUUAUAAGUGCCUGCCAAAGCAGAGAUCAGUCAGUUCGACUUUCUGCAGCUGUCAUGGCACGCAACAUGCCAGACCUUUCGAGCAAUGAAGAUUCUCCGAAUCACGAGAUUGGUUGGGCAGAAGUUUGCAAUGCCAUGGAUGAGGUUGAGCAUGCAGUUGGAGUAGGGCGACAAAUUGCCAAUUUGCUUGUGGAUGAGAAUGACCCAACUACAACCUCUGGCAGUGCUCAUGUGGACAGCAUUGCACAUGCCUUACUUCAAAGUUUGGACAAUUCUGGAGGGAAUGAAAAUGCAGAAGAGGACGAGGAGAUUCAGACGAGAUGA